AUGGCUGCUAUGGAUCUUGAUGCGCCGGUGUCUAUUGCACCUCUGCUGCAAGCGGAGCAGACACAUGCCACUAUUCUCUGCUGCAACUGCGGUGCUCCCAUCGAUGGCACGACCUCUGCUGGCGCACUUUGCUAUGACUGUGUCAAGACCACGAUGGAUGUCUCGCAAGGCAUUCAACGUGAAGCCACCAUACAUUUCUGCAGAGACUGCGAACGGUGGCUGCUUCCUCCGACGACUUGGAUUGUCGCAGCUUUGGAAUCAAGGGAACUUCUUGCUCUUUGCCUGAAGAAGUUACGAGGACUGCACAAAGUCCGGAUAAUAGACGCGAGCUUCAUAUGGACAGAACCGCAUUCUCGAAGAGUCAAGGUCAAGCUUACCAUCCAGGAUGGCGUGUCCGAAGGGGUUGUCCUGCAACAAUCAUUCGAGAUCGAAUACGUGGUUGCAUACCAGCAAUGCCCAGAUUGCCAGAAAUCAUAUACUGCGAACACAUGGCGGGCAUGCGUACAGGUCCGACAAAAGGUCCCCCAUAAGCGAACAUUUUUGUUCCUCGAACAACUAAUUCUAAAACACGGGGCCCACAGGGAUACAAUCAAUAUCAAGGAAGUUAAGGAUGGGCUAGAUUUCUUCUUCGCAGCUCGAAAUCAAGCAGACAAGUUUGUCGACUUCCUAACCUCCGUCGUGCCGGUCCGAGCCAAGAAAUCACAAGAACUCAUCUCCAUGGAUGUUCAUACCUCUACAAAAUCCUACAAAUUCUCUUAUUCCGUUGAGCUAGUGCCAAUAUGCAAAGACGAUCUGGUAGCAUUACCUAUCAAACUGGCGAAACAAAUCGGAAAUAUUUCUCCUAUCGGGCUCUGCUAUCGUAUCGGCACGACUGUCAACAUCCUCGAUCCAAGCACCCUCCAAACUGCCGACAUCAGCACUCCCAUUUACUGGCGUGCCCCUUUCACACCUCUUGCCGAUGUUCUGGAGCUUGUGGAAUUCAUUAUCAUGGACAUUGAGCCCAUCGGUACACAAAAAGGAAAAUGGUUACUUGCCGAAGCAACCGUCGCCCGUGCAUCGGAUCUUGGAACCAAUGAUAUGACAUACUAUACUCGAACGCACUUAGGGAACGUUCUACAUGUUGGAGACUCUGUCAUGGGCUAUAUGCUAGCCAACACAAACUUCAACAAUCCUAAUUUCGAUGCCGUAGAAGCAUCCCACACCUACUCUUCUCAAAUACCCGAUGUCAUGUUAGUCAAGAAGUUCUACGAGAGAAAGCGGAAGUCGAAGAACCGUAACUGGCGACUCAAGCGUAUGUCCAAAGAGGAAGAGUUACUACCAAAGAAGGCUGAGCAAGAGAAAUUGGACAAAGAUUACGAGAUAUUCCUGCGGGAUGUGGAGGAAGAUGCCGAGCUGCGGUCCGCAAUGGCUCUCUACAAAGCUCAACAGGCGAAGAAGGAAGCAGAGGCCAUGAGCGUUGCGGAGACGGAUGAUGGUGAAGAUGAGACGCCACAAAUCGAUAUGAACGAGUUGCUGGAUGAGUUCGAUGAUCUUAACAUACAACCAGGUGCGCAAUAG